UUUUUUUUUUUUUUGUUUCGAAAGUGUUAAUUUCUUCGACUAUCAGCUAAUAAAUAAUACAAAUUAAAGCUUAAUAAAAUCACCGAAUAAUAAAACUUCAACAAAUUUCAAGUGUGAAUUAAAUAUUUGCCAUAAAAAUUAAAAUUAUUAUAUGCACAACUUUCGUUUUUGGUGCACAAACUACAAAUUUCUAAAAACAAAUAAAACAAAAAAUCAAUAAAAUUAAAAACAGUCGUAUAAAAAGAAUCAUAAAGAAAGAUAUUCACAUUAAGAUUUUUACGCCGCAUGUAAAUACACAACAUCUGUUCACUCCAUAAAUAUAUAUAUACAUGCAUAUACAUAUAUAAAUCUAUAUACAUCUACCUUAACGGUUCAUCGAAUUCAUUAACCCACCACGUGAGUGAUCGUGCCGCACACUAAAAACACCAGCGCACUCAGACGCUCCACAAAGUCGUUAAAAAAAGAGAGAAGAAGAAGAAGCAGAAAAACCGCAAUUAACCUAAAAUUGCAAUAGGACAAAUUAGCAGUGAAAAGAAAACUAAGCAAAAACAAUUUUAAUUUCUUUUUACAUUUAAUUUGCAAACAAUUCAUAAAAGUGUUUGGUGUAAAAAAAUCUCAAUUGCAACACAGUUAAAGCGCAAGGCAUUGUUGCAGCAAGUGCAAUAAAUUCGUUGCAUACAUUCACCCUAGCCCACCAACACAACCAGCAACAACAACACAGCGCUUAAAUAUGGAUGUCGCUUGGCGUUUUCGUAUCAUGAUCUUCACCGCGUUAGCCUUGAUGUUGUUCGGCGAUUUUUACGGUUAUGGCAGUGUACGCGGCGUACAAUCGGAUACAAAUCAGGCGGCGGCAGCGGCGGCCGCCACCACCGGACCGGGCAAAUUCCAGCAGAGCGACGCGGAUAUUGAAAUUGGCGAAGACACAGAAAUCAAUGAUUUCUCAGCUGUCGCGCUUCAACGCAAACAAACCACGCUCAAAUCUCAAUUAACAGAUGCCAUCAAGGAGUCUUGCCUGCCAAAAAUGCUCUGCGAAAUGUCCGCAAAGCCAGAAUAUAUGCUCACCGAGAAGGAGAAGGAUCUCUUGUACUUAAUAAGAUCCUCAACCAUGUCGCUGGCAAUGAAUGCAGCGCCGAGUAAAUGGCAUUUCGCCGCUCACAUGGGCGAAUUACUUCGGUAUACAGGCGAUGAUAACAGCGGUCCAAUGGGAUGUGCAAAUCUGUGGCCUAAUUGUCCGAUUAGUUCAAAGAAGUUAAUGAAAUUAUCGCAUAAGGUGAAGCUGUAAGAUAAGAUUUAAGCCACCCACACACAAUUGAGUAUUCGAUGAACACUGGGAACACGGGAAAAUCAAAAUUCCCAAAGGCUUACUUACAUAAUGAAUGAGUGUUAAAGUCAAAUGAAAAGAGCGAGCUAAAGAGGGAGAAUAAUUUUAGACUAUAUUUGCAUAUAAGUUUAGAAGAAAAGUCGGAUUAAAUAACUGAGUAAUAUUAGUUUAUUUUAUGGCUUUGUUUUCGAUAUUCCUAAGUAGUAUUUGAUUAUAGGAGUAUGUAUGUAAGUAUGUUGUAUGUAUAGUAUACAGUCUUAAUCAGUAGAUGUUUGGUAGCGCUUGUUUUCAGAAACGCCUUACUAUGUAAUUUUACCAGAAUUCCUAUUUUAAAUGCAUAAUUUCCAAUUUAGGGUCGAAAAGCUCUGAAAAAAUAUUCAAAACUCUCUAAAUUUUGAUAUAAAUUUAUUUCUUAAAUAUUUUCAAACAGCUUACCACUAAAAAUUAGCUAUUAAUUUUAGUUUUAUUUGAGGUUUUAAAAUAGUUAACUUUUGUAAAUAUUUUUCACUUUUACUUAGGUUAAAAAUUUUGAUUUGUAAGCGGCUUAUCCGAACUCUUGAAGUAAAAAAAAAAAUUGUGUGCUUUUUGUCAAUUAAAAGUUGCAUUUUUAAUUAAGUAAUUUUAUAAUACUAUAAGCAUUUUUGUAUUAUUUAACAAUUUCAUUAAAGAUAUUUAAUAAUAUAAUUAAUUUGUUUUUCCUAUUAAAAUACGAUUAAUUACGAUUGUAUAUAAUGCGAUUAUUUCGAGGCACAAGAUGAACAACAAAUUAAUGACAAAAAAAUUAAUAAAUGAAUAAAAUAUAAUUUGAGUAUCUUGAAA